CCUUGUCGGUGUUUCCUUGUAGCCGGCCGGCAGCGAAGGCGAGUUGUGUCACGGCGACAGUCUGGGUUCAGCCGGAAGCAGCAGCACUUUGGCUUCAUCCGUCAUCGAGGUGGAAACCGAACGAGACGAACCGACGCCACAACUAAGGAUCAGCCGAGAAGAAGAGGAAGAGGAGGAAGAGGAGUUGACGCCCCUCAGCCCUCCUCCCACUCUGUCUAUCACCGAGGAGAUCCUGGAGUUCAUCAACCAGAGCAGAGCCAGAGAAGGUUUCACCGCCAUCCACAGCGACGCCACGGAUCAGCCCAAAGAGAGCCAGUCUCCAUCUACCCAGACCAACUUCACCUGCCCCCUACCCCCAGUCACCUGCCCCUCCAGCCCAGAACAAACUCCCACAAUGCAACGGGAGCAGGAGCCAGCAGAGGUGGAGGCUGAUUCAACCCCUCAAAGUCAAACGGCUGAAAAUGAGGCAAACCGCAUCCAAGAAGUUCCAGAUACAACAAGUCAAGCUGAAAAGGAAGUGGAGGUGACACAAGAAGAAGAAGAAGAAGAAAUAGUGGAAAAAGAUAAACAAGAGACGAAAGCAAGUGUAGACGAAAACGAACCCACAACAUCGGAUCUGCAUCCCUCCUUCUCUGCAGAGGUGGAAGCAGAGGACAGCGCUCCCAGAGAAGAGGCGAAUACCGAUUCCUCCCCAGAUCCAGAUCACCUUCAUCAGCCCGUCCGGACCCGGCAGCCACCAACAAGGAUCUCCCACCUCACCAAGCGAGACAAGAAGAUCAUCGAGAAGAUCCGGAGCUACUAUGAAGCAGCAGCCGAGGUCGAAGAGGACGACGAGGCAGAGGAGGAAGAAGAGCUGGGGGAAGGAGUGGCCUCCAGGAGGAGGAACAGUUUCUCACAUAUCCCCUCUGGUUUGGUGAGGGAGUCGGUGUCACGCUUUGAUGUGGGUGGACCCCAGACUGGGGGGUCCACAUGUGAGGCAACUGAAACAUUGGAUGAAGAACCCUGUUCCUCCACCAGUCCCACAUCUCCCACAACACCGAACACAGCAGAUCUAGUAGGGAAUGAACCAGCUGAUGAACCAAUAAGCUGCCCAGAUCUUGAUGCAGUCAAGUUUACUGUGAUACAAGAUGAGGAGACCAAAAACCAAGAGGAUCCAAAUCCAGAGUCAAACCAAGACAGGCCCAUCGUAGACGAGAUUCAGGAUGAGGUUGGAAACAUCUGCAAAGGGUCAUCAGAGGAAGGACUCAAGGAAAGGCCGGAAGAGACGACGAGUGUUUCUGGGGAACAGGAAGGUACAUCUACCAGACAGGGCAAAGAUGAAGCAACCAAAACUAGUGCUGGAACCCAACCACUCAUGAAUGGGUAUGAACUUAAUCCAGUAGAACCAAACAAAACCCACAAAGAACCCUCUAAACAAACUGCAGAACAGUGCCAAAAACCUGACACCAAAACCCAGUCCAUUUGGGCUAAAACCAAAAACAGAGACCUGGCUAAGACCAGUGGGAACCUCGAGGGUCUUCCCAGUCAGAUAAAAGUGGGCCGAUGGUCCCGUCACUCCAGGAUCGUCACUGCUAACCGGGCUUUGUUUGAGAAUAUGGGAUCGGAUGUAGCCGGUAUCGGGUUGUUUGAGACGAACCCUGCAGUGGAUCCUGUACUGAUCGAAAACUCAGAGCGCAUUCUAAGCAAAGUUCAAACUUUGGCUCGGAUGUACAGUGCCAAAGCCAGCACUAUGAAGGUUCCGCUGCAUCAGAAGCGGGCCAGUACCGUAUUCAACCAAUCAUGGGUCUCGACCAGACUGUCUGGACUCUCAGCUCAGAGUCAAACUAGGCACCAGCAGCAAACACAAAUCACUCAGUCAGAGACCAAAAGUGGAACACAAACUGUAACACAGCUGUCAAGGAUCCAAACUAAAACCCAGAACCAAACCAGAACUUAUAGCCAAACUCAAACUAUAAGUCGGGAGGGCCAAAAGAUCCACGACGAGAAGACGAUAAAGAGAGCGGAGAGCCUGCCAUGCGAUUUCCAGGAGUCAGUGAUGACACCCUGCGAGCCUCUACUGUUUGGUCACGUGGUCGUCAAAGAACAGCUGACGCCAUCCUGUCACCAGCAGACCAAUGGAUUCACCCUGUCCAGACCCAGAGACUUCAUCUCCGCCUUGACCAGAGACUCCAUUGAGGAAACCACCCACACCUCUACGACACUCUGGGAGAAUCCAUCCACUGAAACACCCUCGACUUCCGCAGCAUCCGUUCAUCCUGUCAGAAUAGAACCUGAAGAUCAGAGCAUCGAUUUGUGCUCUUCAGCCGGCAGCGACCUCCCGACGUCAAAUCAAAACGUGUUUUCAUUUACUGAAGAGACGCCGAAGACUGAGCGGUUGGAGCAGAAUCCUGUACUUCCUGUUUACUCAUCCGGAGACGAUCCAGCAGACGAGCAGGAAGCAGCAGCUGCACAACGUAUACAAGAUCAGAAGAUUCCCAAAGAUGUGAGAGUCUGUGCCGGAGAGAACCAGAUCCAGGCGGACGACCGGACCUCCAUGACGCCGGGCCAAGUGCAGCCCCAGAAUGAGGCUCCUCUCUGGGCAGACGGAGCCGCCUCGGCCCCCAGAAGCCCGAAGACGGACGAGCCUCCGAGCAGCGCGUCAAACGAUCCGAACGAGUCUUUGAGGUUCAACAAGCUGCAGACGGAUGAAGAGCUUCUGACCGCAGCAUCCCAGGAGGUCGCAGAAACCAGCAGAACCAGAGAGGUUCAGACCCCAGAAUCGCAUCCCGCCCCGGUUCGACCUCCAUCGGUACCGCCGGUAGAUCUUCUCCCAACGUUCACCAGCCAGAGACCCACAGACCUGCCAACGGCUCUGAGCCAGCGGGCUUCAUGUGGAUCCUGGAGCAUCGACUGUGACCUCAGGAAACCAGAAGAUCUGAUCCUGGUGGAGAGACCGAGACCAGCCACCACCACCCCAGAUCAGGACCUUACCGUUGCCCCCUCAGCCUUCAAGCCGAGCCUCCGACAACAUUCCCAGUCUCCUGUCAGAGCCGCCUACUCCCCUCAUCCACCUUCCUCUUCUGUCCGAGCACCUCCCUGCUCCUCACCCUUCAGGGUUAUCCCAGCAUCCUCUCCCACCCCUGUAUCUCAAGGAGGCUACCCCAUCUCCAAGGCUCUGUCCUGUUUGUCUCCAACUCCUUCUUCUGGCAGGGUUUCUUCCACAAGAGCUGCACCGGCCUCGUCUCCAACAAGAUCAUCGAUAGCCGAACCUCCUUCGUCCCCGACACCGUCCUCCCUCCGCUCUCCUCCAUGCUCCUCCCCUGUCGCCUCUUCCUCGGCGUUUACCAGAUCCUUAGCCGCGUCCUGCAUUAGCCAGUCCAUCAGUCAGAGCAUGGCAAAGAACAACACCACAGCACGCCAGCAAGCCACGCCCACAAAUCAUCUACGACAGCGCUCCCCUUCACCAAAACUCACUCCCAGUCAACAGGGCUCCACCACACCUGCUUAUGCCCAGCUAGGGUGCACUAAAGAUGGGUACCAGCAUCCCAGGUGUCUUUCCCAGCGUUCUCCUUCCCCAUCUAUGGUCAAUCACCAGCCUCCUUACUCUUCUUCCUCCACACCCCGUGCAUCAUUCCUUCACUCCAAAAUUGAUCAUAACACAAACAACAACAACAACGUAGCCGGUUCAAGCACAGCGAUCAACGGUGCUGUCAGUAACGGUGGUUGGGCAGUGAGUCCACAGAAGACAUCACAAGCCCACGAUCCUCUCUGGUUGGGGUCCCACAACCGCGUAGCUCGGCCUUUUUCUGCAUCAGAACCCAGCUCCCGAGUCCAAUCCCCGUCACCCUCCCCAACCCCAGCCUCCUUUAUUCGUAUCUGCUCUCCACCCCCACAGCAUAAUUACUCCGCACCCAUGGCGAACAAACCUCCCCACCCGAGGAGCUCGAGAGUAGGCAACUCCCAUAACCCGCUCGGCCUCACCUUAGAGCUACCCAGGCCCUCCUCAUCCUGUCUGAACCCUCGGAUCCUCUCUCCACCUCCUAUUGGUGUGUCAGUGAACGUUUGGGCCAAUAAUGUUGCAGCACCUCAGCCUAGAAACCCUCGAUAUGCUCCCUGCUCCCCCUCUCCUUCCUAUUCCUCCAUGCUGGGCUCACCUACACUGGACACUGCUUCUUCUUCUUUUGUUCCUCGGAGUAGUUUCAGAGCUUCUUCCCCUUCUAGAUCCUGUCCUCCUUCCUCCCAAAGCCUCCGGAGGUCAUUCUCCUCUGGAUUAGCAGACAGUUCUUCGAGCCCGGCUCGGGUCAAUGCGAGUGGACUACGCCGGUCUUGGGCAGAGGGCAGCCGAAGGUCCUUUGGUUUCAGUGGCCAGCAGGAAUCCUGUCCGAUCAGUCCGAGGAGUGGGUGGUCCUCCUACAGCAGCUCACCGUCCUGUCUCAGCCCUCGAGCUGGCCUUCAAUCUCCAAUCUCACCUAGCAGGUUCACCACAGGUAAAGGCAACCUCGGUGGGCAGCAUUUCACCAGCGUGCCCUGGCCAGAUGUACGUGAGCUUUCCAACAAAUAUAAAGGAACUGAUAUCCCUGAUACAAGUGCUACUUCCACCAUUGUUGACUCUCCUCCCGCUCCAAUCUCCCCUCUAUCCCACACCAUCCUCGCCUCGCCUGGUCCAUCAGAAUGGGGAGAUGCAGAGCUGGAGGAGGGUCACUGUCGCAGUCAGCUGAUCUGCGCCUAUGUUGCUCGACCCUCUCGAGAACAAAAUGCCCCAUCCUCAGGAAUUACCUCUCCUCUGCCCACCACCUACCAGCACUACCAAUCCCAAGUCAAACCACAGCCUCAGGUCCAAAUCAUCGCCACAACGCCUCCCCCAUCCUCAGUCCCAUCCAUGUUCACCUUAACACCAUCAACAUUACCCUUCUCCCAUUCAUCUCCUACCAAACAGGGGAACCAGAAGGCCAGUUAUGCCACAACGGUGAACCUCCAGAUUGCUGGAAGUGGUCGAAUAACCUCCUUCAGCACCGCCCAAGUUAGUCUGACCCAAACCCUUCAGGGAGGAGCUGGAGCUGGAGGACCAGGACAGGGGCAGGUGGCGAGGAGAGUGAGCAUCAAUGGACUUUCACAUCUUCCUCUUCCACAGAACUGUAACAGGCUAUGAAGGAGAAAGAGGAAUCCCUCAUUCAUGGCCAUACAAAACAAGAAGGGACAAAAGGGAAGGUGGGCACCUUAACAAUGAGACGCAAAGAAAGCACCACAAGUGGGUCCUGGUCAGCAGUCCAGACCUUUUGGACUUACUCCCUGACUGGAUGAGAACAAUGACUUUCUCCAUCAUGUUGAAAACAAGUCCUAAGUGCUUCUAUAGAGGACACUUGGCUUUGUUUUUGGUUCUUAAAGAUGUUUCCACUUUAAAAGCUUCCUCCAUUCCAACACUCUAGUAUGGAGUUUCAGGGAUUUAUUCUCACCCCCAGCUUGCUCAAAGACUUGCAGGAAUCAAGACCCCUUUACCACCCAAGAUGAUUCAAGACCCACUUAGGUCACAGCUCAUUGACAAUUCAAAACUCACACAAAUCAAGCCUCAAUAUUGACCUGAGACUUACAUGAAUCAAGACUUGUUAAUGGCCCAGAAUUCACAUGAAGAGACAUGAAGACUCGGGGAUCUGCCCGGGGAGGGAUGACUGUCCAGGCAGUUUCACCUCCAUUCACCGCUUGUUUCAUGUGGAUCUCGGGAUGCUCAUGGGUCUGAAUUUAUGAGCCGUUGGUCAUUGUCAAGCCAAGCCUAGAUUUACGUGAAUCUUGGGUUGCUAAUGGGACUUGAUUUAUGCAAGUUUUGGGUGGUGGACCAGCCUGGCUUUAUGUGAAACUGAUGAGCCAAGAUUCCUGUGAGUCUUGGGUCAUUUGUAAGCCCUAAUUCAUGAGAAUGUAGAUUUGUUGAUAGGACUUGGUUCGUGUAGGCUUUGGUUUCGAAUCAUGGACCAAUUUUGAUCCAUGUCUGUCUUGGCUAAUUUAGGAAUCUUAUUCACGUGAGUCUUGGCUAUUUGGUCAGCCUUAAUGCAUGUGAAUCUGUUAUCCAGACUAUCAUGUGAUUACAGGGUCACUGACAAGCUGAGAUUCGUGUGAGUCUUGGGUAGUUGGAAGGACCAACUUUGACCAGUAUGGGUCUUUAACAGGCCUUGUGAAUAUCGGGUUGUUACCCAGGCUUUUCCUUUUCAGAAGAUUCCUGGUUCUUUAAUGAGCGCCGUCUCAUGCGAGUUGGGAGUGAGAAUAGACACCUGUACCUGUCCACCAAUCAGUUAGAACUGAAGAAACCUUUUGGACAAAGGUGGAACAUCUUCAAGAACCAAAAACACAACUCUAGCUGUCUUCUACUGAAGGGUUAUCGUGAGAAUCUAUAUGGACAUGUGGACAAAAAUGGAAAUUCAAGGUCACAUCUGAGGCAUGGAAAGAGUUUUGUCAACCCAGUUUGGUUUUAAGAUGUUUUGUAAGAAUUCCACCUGCAUGUGGGGCGGUUUUUAAAUGGAUGCCAAUGGGGUUUCUUCUAAAAAAGAAAUGUGUAAAUGAAUCACUGAGCUGUGAUGUUGCUCUUCUCUUAGACACCUUAAAGCCUGAAUGUCCACAGCUGGAUUAAUGACGAUCUAAAGUUGGACUUUUCUCAUUUGAGACAUUCUGAAAAUAGACUUUUAGCAUUUAAAUAGCUGGAGUUCCAGCGUCACUCGGUGCUGUCUGCAGUCACAGUAUCUUAGUGUAUUAUUACUGUUUCUCUAUUUGUAUUUUCUGUCGUGUGGCUGCCCGAGGCCAGUGUUUAACUGUGGUUAUUAAUAAUCUAUCUUUAACCAUUUUUAUUCUCCCUCCUAUUUUAUUGUUUAUUUAUGAAGUUAGUCUUUUUAUCUUUGGCACUUAGUAUCCUCAACGUACGUCGGUGUUUUUGCACAGCGUCUUUGGCUCUUGCAUCCAGUGUGUGUGAAUGUUUGUGUUCGAAAUGACGUGUCUGCUGAGUUAUUGUUUAACUUCGGACCAAACUGACAUCUGUGUGUGUUUUAUUUGCUGGUUUUGUUGCCGGACUGACGCUUGUUUAUUGACUCAAGAGUCUGUGCUGGAGCCGGUGACCCCCAGAAACCUCGCUGAGUUACGAAAACGGACCAGUUUGCACAGAUUUUUACCCAAAUUUAGUUUGAAAAUGGUGUAAAUUAGUGAAAACUAACAAAAUGACAUCAUAUUUAACUCUAAAAAAAAAAAGACCAAUGAGGUGUGAGGUUUCUGGAAACUGGUUUUAAAAAAAGGGAAAUAUUAAUUAUGUUUUUCAUACCCAAGAGUCAGUGAGAUGUAAAAAUAAAAGUGUGUGGUGGAAAACCAAA